ACAGGCGGGAAGACGUUUAGGUGUAAAAGAUUGGCGUUUUGGAGUUUUAUGAACAAUGGCAGACAAGGAACUUGCCAAAGUGAGGACUAAGUUCGCAGAGGGAGUGAACAAAGCAGUUAUUAAGCAGCUCCUGGAUGACAUUUUAGAGGAUGGCAUCGUGAAUGAUGGAGAGAAAGACUCCAUACUUGAGGAGAACGUUACUAAGACAGACAAGGCACGUGCCCUCAUUGACACAGUGAGGAAGAAAGGAGAUGAAGCCAGCAGGACGCUCAUUGCUCGUCUUUCUAAGAGAGAUCCUACACUUUACCAAAACCUGGGUCUGACGUCUGGUCAAUGUUCUCAGCCAGCUCCCGAGCCCCUGAAAGAUGAGUGGUCAACCACACUCAAACCAACAACAGAUGCUUUCUGGAGAGAGAAACAGAAUGAUAGAAGAACUUACAAUGUGACCAAAGAGACCAUCAAGAGUCGUGUGGCUCUGCUAAUCACUAACAUAAAGUUCACUGAGGUGGCAAUGAACAGAAAGGGAGCAGAGAAAGACGAGGAGAACAUGGACAAACUGCUCAAAGCGCUGGGAUACGAGGUGGUGAAGUACACAAACCUCACUGGAAAGGAGAUCGAAGAAGCUGUAAUUAAGUUCUCUAAACAUCCAAAGCUGAAAGAGACAGACAGCGUGUUUGUGGUUAUCAUGUCUCACGGGGAACAGGGAGCUGUCCUCGGCCGCAACUAUAAAAAGGGCGAUACAGAAAGAGAAAAGGACAAGUUCCCCAUUGAUGACAUUUUUAAACACUUGGCCACAACCCAUUGUCAAGAUCUGCUGGAUAAACCCAAGAUCAUCAUCAUCCAGGCCUGCAGAGGAGAAAGGGACGGAUCUGUGCUUGUUAGUGAGGCAGCUGUGGUCAGUGAUGAUGCACGACAUCCAGACCUAUCACUGCAGGCUGAUUCUUUGCGCAGUGCACCCAGAGAAAAAGACUUCAUAUGUUUUCUUUCUUGCACUCCUGAUACUGUCUCGUAUAGACAUACAGACAAGGGGUCUUUUCUAAUCCAGUAUAUUGUUGAUGCACUGAACACCUUUGCACAUAAGGAUCACAUUGACGAACUUUUCACAAGAGUCGCGCUACGCUUUGACGAGGACUUCCGCUAUCUGAACAUAAGCCAGAUCCCAACCAAGGAGAGAUGCACUCCCACAAAGCACUUCUAUCUCUUUCCCGGCCUCUGA